CAAGCAUGAGACUAUCUCUGAGUGACGUGCUUUUGAUUUUCUUUCUGCUAUUUUUUGAGGCUUCACAACUCUGUUUGUGUAGGAAUCUGACUGAUAAGGGCUGCGUAGAAGAAGAAAGGCAUGCUCUUUUGAAGUUCAGAGACAACUUUGACCAUUACUCAAGGCAUGUCCUCGUAUGGGAAGGCAAACAAUGUUGCAGAUGGAAAGGAGUCAAAUGUGAUGGCAUCACCGGGCAUGUGGUCAGGAUUGAUCUCAGCCCAAAAACAAUUCAUAACUGCACAUUGUCAUGUGAAGCAAUGAGUCCUUCCUUGCUGGAGUUAAAACAUUUGAGCCAUUUGGACUUAAGUCUCAUUGAUUUUCAAGGGAGGGUACCACACCAUCUAGGAAACCUCACCAACUUACAAAUUAUUGAUCUCAAUGAAUUUUACGAGCACGGCUUAUUUGUUUGGGAGAAUCAAGAGUUAUACAUGGAUGACUUCACUUGGGUCUCUCAACUCUCUUCUUUGCAAUAUAUUAACAUAAGGGGACUUUACAUCGAGAAUGAUGUCAAUAUCAUAAUGCAGGCAAUUUACAAUCUCCCAUUCUUGUUACAAGCAGACUUUAUGUAUUGUGGAAUUCAUAGCUCCAGUACUUAUGGUUUUGUGAACUCCUCCACCCUUCCUUCUAAGGUUCAAGUCUUGAAUCUUGGGGGAGACUUUCUUGAUGUCAUACCCAAGGCUUUGCAAAGCAUGACAUCCCUUAGAUCCCUUGACCUUUCUCUUAACAUUUUAAUUGACUUUGAUCCAUUAUGGUUUGGAAAGUUGAGGUUUGUAGAACAUCUAAAUCUAGUCAAGAAUAGCAUUUCUGGGUUAUUCCCCACUGCUAUUCAAAACCAGUCAUCUCUUACAUCCCUUGACAUUUCUGACAACAAUAUUCUUGACUCAAUUCCAUUAUGGUUAGGAGAGUUCAUGUUUCUAGUGCAUCUGAAUCUAGCUAGGAAUAAACUUUUUGGUUCGUUUCCUAUUGCUAUUCAAAACAUAAAUUCACUCAGAUUCCUUGACCUUUCUAGCAAUAAUCUAAUCUCUACAAUUUUGUUGUGCUUCAUUAAGAGAAUUGAACAUGUCAAUCUUUCCAACAAUAAAUUCUCUGUUCUCCAAAGUUCUUAUCCUCGGAAUUCCAAAAUCACUUGCAAUCUAAAAUCUUUGGACUUGUUUCCUAACAAUAAAUUUGAAGGAGAAACAUAUGGAAGCAUAAAAAAUAUAUCAGUUUGCAUUAACAGUGAUUUACAAGAACUGGAUUUGAGUCACAAUAAGUUGAAAGAUCUUAUAGAAAGCUUUGGCCAACUUAAGAAUCUGGCGUACUUGAAUUUGGCUUCAAAUUUUUUAAAUGGCCCAAUCCCAUUAUUCUUUAGAAAUUUGACCAAAUUGGAAGAACUAAUUCUUAAAGAUAAUCAGUUCAAUGGAACAAUUCCAGCAUUUUUAGGGAGAUUUUCCUACUUAAGGGUGUUAGAUGUUUCUGGCAACCACUUAACAGGAAACAUUCCUGAUGAUCUUGGAAAGCUCUUUAACUUGAAAUGUUUAGAUCUUUCCACUAACUCCUUGGAAGGCUCUCUAGGGGAAAUUAUCCUUGGUAAUAUGUCCUAUCUCUGUGAUUUAAGGCUAGGAAUGAACAAGUUAUCUAUAAAGCUUGCACCCAACUUGUUACCUCCUUUUCAAUUGACAAAUCUUAAUUUGUCAUCUUGUAUAAUUGGGACACCAUUUCCUCAAUGGCUUCAAAGCCAAAAGAAGUUAGUCAACUUAGACUUACCAAACACUAGCCUUUGGGGAACCCUCCCAGCAUGGUUUCAACAAGAGAAUCUCUUUGUGCUAGACCUCUCCAAUAAUAAGAUUAGUGGACAACUCCUAAGAAAUCUCCAUAAUAUGAUUUCAAAUUUGACCGGUAUGUUCCUUGGUAAUAAUCUUUUGAAUGGUUCUAUUCCAAAAUCACUGUGUAAAUUGCAAAGGCUUCAAGAAUUGAACUUGUCAAAGAAUAAAUUAUCUAGGAAGGUUCCUAGCUGUUUGGGUGAAAUUGAAUACAUUGAAUUGAUAGAUCUAUCAUCAAAUGAGUUAUCAGGAACUAUUCCUGAAUCAUUUUGCUGUUCUUAAUGUAAUUUUCAAUCUUU